AUGGCUCCAUUAUCACGGGCCUUUGCGACUGUUGUUACCCCAGCUAACGAGAUCGAUAAGGGUUCUAUUAUAAAGCAGAAGUGGAAGGAGGAUGGCCCUGCUGAGUAUUGGGAGAUCAACAAUGUUAGACAAGUAAAGCAAGGCAGACAAGCAGCACAUGUUUCGCUCGAGUAUACUAACCUAACCUCUAACAAGCCAGAGAGAUGGAAGGGCAGUACUACAGCUAAGUUCAAUGUUGUGAAGAUUGAGAAGCAAGCCUGCCAGAUCCUUUACUGGGAUAAUGAUGAGAAGGUAUUCUUCGUCCAAGAUGAUCAGUUCAAUCAACAAGAGCUCCCUCAAAGAUACGUCAAGGAGGCAAGCAAACUCUUAAAGAAUGGUGAUCAAGUUACACUGUGGCUCGAUGACGAUGAGAUCGUCAAGAGUUCCUUCAUCAUGACGCAGAAGCAUGCUGUUGCCGAGAGGCUUCGUCGGAGGUUCGAAGCCAAAUACAUCUCGAGUGUAGCAGAUCAUAAUGAACUACUUCACUUCAUGCUUAGGAAAAUGUUCAAACAACAGAUGGAUUUGGUGUUGCUCACGACUGGUAUCGGUAGAGAUGCAGCAGAUGUUGACGAUGCGGACAUACCCGAGAUAACAAUUGAUAAGGCAGCUUUCAUUCAUGAGGCUCAACAAGCUGAUUUGAGGAACGUUCGAGAGUAUAUGGAAUCGGCCCUGUUUGCUGAGGUCUUUACUCUUGGCGAGGACGGCAAGACUAUAAGGCGGAAGGCUGUCGCUGCUGCAGCUUAG